AUGGCCCAGCACGAGAGCCACGUUGAGAAGUCCCACAUGCCCCACGAGCGCGCGCCGUCGUCCGGGAAAGAGAAGCCACGACUCAGACUCGGCAACCCCGCUUCGAAAUACCGACAGGUUCACCACGACUACACGUGGCUCGUGGAAUCCACCGCCAAGAGCCACACCCUGAAGGAGAUCAUCAGGCACUUCAAGUGCACCGAACAGGGCGCCAAGAACGCCAUGUCCCGCCGCGGCAUCACCGAGUGCAAGGACUGGAUCCACGACAAGAACGCGGGCUGGAAGACCCGCGAAGCCGCGAACCAGGUCAAAAUCACGAAGGAGUACCCCGUGAGCGCCAUAGUCGGCAAGCGAGUCUUCGACGACGGCGCCGUCCAGUACAAGGUGCUCUGGCAGGGUCACGGCGACGAGCAGACCACCUGGGAGCCCGUGAGCCACCUCCACCACUGCCAACAGGCGGUCGCUGAAUACGAGAAGGAGCACCAGGCCUGCGCCUGA